UGUUCCUCGGUCCUAGUCCGGCUAUUGUUGUGUGUCUUUCGUGGCAACCCUGACCUAUCGGCAGGCGGUGAUUUCUGAUAUUUUAAACUGCUUUGCUCAGCGCCUCCACCGCCAUAUUAAGUAGUCUUUGUCAGCUGGCGGCGUGUCCUCGCUUUGAGGGAAUUUUAAUUUUAAAAAAGGAUCCCAGUGAAGGGCUCAGUGCUCGUGAAGUAGUUAAUCGGUAUGGGACAGACGGAAGACUGAGAUUCCACGUUAGUAGAGUCUGCUCGUGUCGCCCGUUUCCACUUAAGGUUGUCGACGUGAAAUUGAAAACGCUGGGGGGAAAAAGGCUCACAGGACGCAUGUAGCCGACCCACCACACUGCUACGGUCGCUUUUGAGGCUUGACGAUGGGUUGUGUCAGGAGUAAAGAGGACAAGGGCCCGGCUCUGAAGUACCGACCAGACAACUCAAAUGCCACUCCGGCCAGCUCGCUCCUGGGCCACUAUGGGCCCGAGCCUACAAUGAUGGGUCAUUCACCUGCUAUGAAUGCUCACAACAACAGCUACAACAGUCAUGCUGCUGGCCUCACACCCUUUGGCGGGACGUCUUCAGUCAUGACACCCUUUGGCGGUGCCUCCACCUCCUUUACUUCAGUGGCUGUGAACAGUCCCUUUCCCAGUGUCAUCUCAGGUGGUGUAACGUUUUUUGUAGCGUUGUACGACUACGAAGCGAGGACGGCAGACGAUCUGUCUUUCAAAAAAGGGGAUCGCUUUCAGAUUAUCAACAACACGGAAGGCGACUGGUGGGAGGCGCGCUCCAUCAACACAGGGCAGAAAGGUUAUAUCCCCAGUAACUAUGUGGCUCCAGCAGACUCCAUACAGGCUGAAGAAUGGUACUUUGGUAAAAUGGGCCGCAAAGAUGCAGAACGCCAUUUAUUGGUUCCAGGAAACCAGCGGGGAACUUUCUUGGCACGAGAGAGUGAGACGACUAAAGGUGCGUACUCUCUGUCCAUCCGUGACUGGGACGAUGUAAAGGGAGACAACGUCAAACACUACAAGAUCCGCAAGCUGGACAACGGCGGUUAUUACAUCACGACACGAGCGCAGUUUGAGUCAUUACAGAAGCUGGUGAAACACUACACAGAACAUGCGGAUGGUCUGUGCUACAGGCUGACGACUGUGUGUCCCACAGUAAAGCCACAAACUCAGGGACUAGCUAAGGAUGCCUGGGAAAUCCCACGAGAGUCACUCCGGCUGGAGGUCAAACUGGGACAGGGCUGCUUUGGAGAAGUUUGGAUGGGCACAUGGAACGGUACGACUAAGGUGGCGAUCAAGACCCUGAAGCCGGGCACCAUGUCUCCAGAGGCUUUCCUGCAGGAGGCUCAGAUCAUGAAGAAACUGAGGCAUGACAAACUGGUACCUCUCUAUGCCGUGGUGUCUGAGGAGCCCAUAUACAUUGUUACUGAGUUUAUGGGCAAAGGUAGUUUACUGGACUUUCUGAAGGAGGGAGAUGGAAAGUAUCUGAAGCUUCCCCAGCUAGUGGACAUGGCUUCACAGAUUGCAGACGGCAUGGCCUUCAUUGAGAGGAUGAACUACAUCCACAGGGACCUGAGAGCUGCCAACAUUCUGGUCGCUGAUAACCUGGUGUGUAAGAUCGCUGACUUCGGCCUGGCUCGGCUCAUCGAGGACAACGAGUACACCGCCAGACAAGGUGCUAAAUUCCCCAUCAAGUGGACGGCACCUGAAGCUGCCUUGUAUGGACGCUUUACCAUUAAAUCAGACGUCUGGUCGUUCGGUAUCCUGCUGACUGAACUUGUGACCAAGGGCAGAGUACCAUAUCCAGGCAUGGUGAAUCGAGAGGUACUCGAGCAGGUAGAGCGAGGUUACCGCAUGCCCUGCCCACAGGGCUGCCCCGAUUCACUGCACGAGAUGAUGAAGCAGUGCUGGAAGAAGGAGCCAGAUGAAAGGCCGACCUUCGAGUACAUCCAGUCCUUUUUAGAAGACUACUUCACAGCCACAGAGCCACAGUAUCAGCCAGGAGACAACCUCUAGUCGGGAGGAUCUGGGACUAACUCUGGCAAACCGCGGUACAUCGGCAGAGAUCAAAAUCCAGGAAAACCAACGUUUCUGCUGAAGCUGCAGAAAAUACUUUUUUUUUUUUUUUUACAAACUUUUCCAAACUGACAUACCCGAUGUAGAGGAAGUAGAGGUUUGUCCCUUAUGUACCUGGGGGGCCAAAUAUGUGGGGAAAUGUCCAAGCGGGUUGAACUCUGAGAACUGUGCAUAUCACAAUAAUCCAUAUAGGCUGGCCACAACACUGUGAUCCAAAUUUUCAAAUGAAUGGUUACUCGCGGAUGCAUUUUUUUAAUGAACGUUUUUUUAAAUGAGAAGUUCCCCUACCCUUCCUCCAAUCCACCAUCUUUUUUAAAUUAAAUUUAACAACAAAAAGUCUUUGAUAUUCGAGUGAGAGCUUUUAUAUGUAUAUGAGUUUGGUAUGAAUAUGUAGGUUGAUAAGAACAGACUGCUGACAAAUCAAAGGAAAAACAAACGGCGACUCAGUGGGCACAAAAGGAGCAAAGGAUUCGAGUAUUUCCUUUAAUUUGUCAGCCAUAUGUAUGUAGUGGGCGCCCAAUUACUGUGUGAGAUGUUACGUAUGUGCUCUGACUGUAAAGUGUGGAGCAUUAUGAGGUGGAAUAAAUGGAGGAGGAAAAACGGUGGUAUCGUAUGGAUGCAAGAAUGUACUGAGAGAUGACCGCAGAUGUACAUACAGUAUGUAUAAAAAGUGUAUUUGAGCAGGUGUGACGAGGUGGAAGAAGCAGGAAUAACAAGUGUUUUUUAACAGGGUUGUUUGAAUCUCAAAAUGAAAUUUUCUUCUUUUUUUGUCAUUUAAUCUGGGACUUGAAAUCAUAAAGAGGUAUUUUGCUAAUUUACAAGUGCAAA